UUCAGGUAAAUUCGACAAUCAAAAUGGUCACUUACUCCAUUCAUUUGAACUCUGAAAUGAGCUGACUGCUUAUUUUCAUUAUGGUUGAUAGGUUUAUUACAUUACUCUCUUUUAUUAUUUUUGCACUAAUGUCCACUUUAUUUGCUUGUGGUAAUGCACAGAGAAAGUGAAGUUUGUUUGUGGAGAAUGAGUUUGAGGUGAUAAAAUAUGAGUAGACUCUCAUUUAGGCCUCGUCCACUUGACAUUCACAAGAGGUUACCUAUUCUAAAAUCUCUAAAGGAUUUUGAGGACGAUAAUGAUACACCCUCUAAUACUCGCAAUCAAAUCAUUCGUCUCGCUGCUGAGGCUGCCGAUAUUGAGGUACAACAGACUUCUAGCAAGAAGUUUAUUCCCGAAAUACCUAUCCCUGAGUAUGUGGUGGUGGAUACAUAUGAAAGAGAUUAUUCACGUACUUUUGCUCAGCCAGCAUCUUAUAUACAUGCUAGAGGAGCCCGAGCCGAGAUUGGAGAAUUUGUUGAGUACGAUCUUGACAAUGAGGAUGAAGAUUGGCUUCAAGACCUAAACCGAGAGAGGAAGGCUCUUGCAGCUGAAAAGUUGGAGACCAUUCUGCACAAAUUAGAGGUUUUAGAUCACAAGGCCCGAGAAAGAGCAGGAGUGAUUACUCCUACUCUUGGCUCACCUAUCCCAGUGCUUCUAAGUUUUGAUGCUGCUGUUGAGGCGUUGCAAUCUCUAACAAUCAAAUAUGGAGUUUUCCAGUCAAUUUAUACGUACUGGAAAGACAAGCGAGAACGGUGGCAGAAGCCUAUUCUUCGGCGUUUGCAGCCCCCUCCACCUGUUAAUGAUACCAAUCCAUAUAAUGUAUUUAGGCCAAGGGAGAAGGCUCACAGGCUUCACACAAGGAGGAUGCAAAGGAGGGAAAACAAUGUGCAGUCAUUUGAAAAGCUUCGCCAGGUUAGGCGCAACCUUGACCAAGCAAAGACCAUUCUUGAGGCUCUCAUCAAGAGAGAGGAGAAGAAACGAGAGGUUGUGGAGAGUGAGGUUAGUCUUCAGAGACUUCAAAUGAAGCACAAGAAUGAAAUUGAGCUUUUUGAGGACAUGUUGGCUCUGCCUGGAUAUCCUUCCUUCCCAAAUAAGUUUUGUUCAAGUGAGGAGGAAUAUGGCGACUCAGAUGACGCUGCUGUUAGCCGUCCACAUGCUCAGGCUGCUGUCUCACCAAAUCUUACCUUCACUGACUCAAAGCCGGUGAUGGCCUCUGCUGGAAGCAUGAGGCGAGAGCGAGUGUUGAAACGGCGAUAUGUCCCACAUGGAUGGCUCCACAAAUUGGAUCCAAAUGAGCCACUUCUCCUGUUUACUAAACCUCUUGAUCCAGAAAAAUUGGCAGCUGCAAAUAUUACACCUCCAGGUUCUUCAAUGGAUAAUGGCCUAGUUGGACAAACAUUCAACUCUCGUGGAAGGAUUGGUCGAGGUGGCAGAAUAGUGUUUGAUAGAUGGAACCCACUUAUGCAUACUCCAAUUGAGUGUGGUGAUGCUUUAUAUGUACCACCAAAGGCCCUACAUUAUGCUCAUCCCUGAUGCAAUCAACCCUUCCCUAGCUUCAUUUGUCCAUCCGCGUUAAGAUUUUGUUUACAUGAUAUUUGCCAGGGAGACAGCUCAAGACAUGAGGGAGAUUUCGAGUUGGUGAUUUUCCAAGAUUUUGAGCCCGUUAUGGAUUUUGGCGAAACUAGAAAACUAUCUUUUGUAGACAGUGGCGAAGGCAAGGAGAGCUGUAGAGUACAUGGUGUGUCCUUUGCCAUGGUAGCAUGCCUCUUUGUUUUACUGCUGCAGGAUGUAUCAUUCUUAUUGUCUCUUUUGUAGGUUAAAGAAUGAAAGCAUUUUUGUGCGAGUAUUAUAUUUAUGUCCAUGAUGAUAGGAAAAUACAGAGCUUCUUCCUUUAUGCAUAACUGGAUAAUGUAAGCUUUUGCUGUAAAUGAAAUGAUGAAUUUAACCA